UGAAUUCUACAGCACGCUUCCACUUCCUGUAAUCGUCAAACGCGUAUCUCAGCCAGAAAGCUCAUCAACUGUCACAACUUUCGACCGGCAAGCGUAAAUGACGUGCAAGCAGUGAUCAAGAAUAUGAUUCCAUACACUGUCAACAUCAAACUCGCGGCUCGGACGUUGACUGGCACCCUAAAUUUGCAGAAUAAAACCGCAGUAGAUUGGGGCUGGCAGGGGCUGAUAGCUCAAGGAUGUCACUCUAGCAUUCUCAUUAUUGAUCCAAAGACAUCACAGACCAUUCAAGUGCUGGAAAGACACAAAGCCAAUGUGGUCAAGGUAAAGUGGUCAAGAGAAAACUACUACCAUAACUUGAGCUCGCCCUACUGUUUGCGACUGGCCUCCGGAGAUGCCUCGGGAAAGAUAAUAGUGUGGGAUGUUGUUAGUGGCACUGCCCAUUGUGAGAUCCAAGAGCACUCCAAACCCAUCCAGGAUUUGGAGUGGCUGUGGAAUCAGGAUGUUUCCCGUGAUCUGUUGUUGGCUGUGCAUCCACCUAACUACAUUGUUCUAUGGAAUGGAGACACAGGAACCAAGCUGUGGAAGAAAAGCUAUGCUGAAAACAUUCUGUCCUUUUCUUUUGACCCAUUUGACCCAUCCAACAUGGCAUUGCUGACGAGCGAAGGAAUAGUCUUCAUCACAGACUUUUCCCACUCAAAACCACCAGGAAGUGCAGGCAAAAAGGUUUACAUUGCAAGUCCUCACGCAAGCCCCGCCCACACCAAGCCUGCACCCACAGUGGCUCCCCCUCCUACCGGUGCCAAGAAGGCUCUCAACAAGGUUAAAGUGCUAAUCACCAAUGAAAAGCCCACCGCAGAGUCGGUGACGUUGAACGACUGCCUGCAGCUGUCUUACUUGCCAUCCAAAAGGAACCACAUGUUGCUGCUCUAUCCCCGAGAGAUUCUCAUCCUUGACUUGGAGCUCAGCCAGACUGUGGGUGUUGUUGCCAUUGAGCGUUCUGGAGUGCCUUUCAUCCAGGUGAUCCCCUGCGCCCAGAGGGAUGCUUUGUACUGCCUCCACGAAAACGGUUGCAUCACCCUUCGUGUGUGCCGUUCCACUGCAGCUCUUGAAGACGGAUCAGUAGCAACAGACCCUGAACAGAGUGCCCAGGAACUUGUGUAUGACCUCCGCUCUCAGUGUGAUGCUAUUCGGGUCACCAAGACCGUCCGGCCAUACCGCAUGGUUAUCUGCCCCAUCAACGAAAACAGCGCUGCUCUCAUGGUCAGCGAUGGUAGAGUCAUGCUAUGGGAGCUCAAAGCCUUCACAGGCAGAGCUACUGCCAAUCCAAGUUCAGGAUUGUCCCCACUCUACUCUCCGGUGUCCUUUUGUGGCGCUCCUCUGGCUCCAAACCAAAAACAUAUUCAAAAUCUCUCUCUCAACAGCAUGAUAGGUCAAACUUUAAUAGCUGGUGAGGCCCCUCUUCCAUCCUCCAACCAACAAGAAGUCCAGCUGAAGUUUCUGUUGACUGGUCUCCUCUCUGGCUUGCCAUUGCCACCCUUUGCCAUCCGCAUGUGUCCACCUCUGACAACCAAAAACAUCAACCACUACCAACCCAUGCUGGCUGUUGGUACAAGUAAUGGGUCUGUCCUGGUGUACAACCUUACCAGUGGUCUUCUCCACAAGGAGCUCAGUGUGCAUUCUUGUGAAGUCAGGGGUAUUGAGUGGGUGAGUCUCACCAGUUUUCUAUCUUUUGCCACUUCCUCUCCCAACAACAUGGGCGUGGUUCGGAAUGAGCUGCAGCACGUCGAUAUGCCUACUGGGCGAUGUUUUGCUUUCAGAGGUGAGCGAGGGAAUGAUGAGCCACCCAUUGAGAUGAUAAAAGUUUCACAUCUAAAGCAGUACCUGGUAGUGGUGUUCAGAGACAAACCGCUGGAGUUGUGGGACAUCAGGACAGGGACACUUCUCCGAGAGAUGGCAAAGAACUUCCCUACUGUUACAGCUCUGGAGUGGUCUCCAUCACACAACUUGAAAAGUUUAAAGAAGAAGCAAAUGGCAGCGAGGGAGGCCAUGGCUCGUCAGACAGUGUCAGACGCUGAGCAAAAUAGUGUUGAAUCUUCAGUUAUCAGUCUGCUUCAGGAUGCAGAGAGCAAGUCAGAAACCACCCAGGCCAUAUCUGCCAGGGAACAUUUUGUGUUUACUGACACAGAUGGGCAGGUGUACCAUAUCACUGUAGAAGGCAACACUGUCAAAGAUGGGGCCCGUAUCCCUCCUGAUGGCAGUAUGGGUAGUAUUGCCUGCAUUGCAUGGAAAGGUGACACUCUGGUGCUCGGUGAUGUAGAUGGAAAUCUUAACUUCUGGGACCUUAAAGCACGUUUGUCCAGGGGAAUCCCAACUCACCGAGGCUGGGUGAAGAAAAUUCGCUUUGCACCAGGAAAAGGCAACCAGAAACUCUUGGUUAUGUACACUGAUGGAGCAGAGGUCUGGGACACGAAAGAGGUCCAAAUGGUCAGCAGCAUGCGCAUUGGUCGCAACGUCAACUAUCGCGUCUUAGACAUUGACUGGUGCACUUCAGACAAAGUCGUGCUGGCUUCGGAUGACGGGUGUAUUCGGGUGUUGGAGAUGGCCAUGAAGUCCGCUAGCUAUCGUAUGGAUGAACAAGAUCUCACCGAUUCAGUGUGGUGCCCCUAUCUGCUGCUACCCCGAGCUGCCCUCACUCUCAAGGCUUUCCUCCUCCUGCAGCCGUGGUCGGGAACCUUCACGAUGGACAUUACACAAGUAGACUACAGUGAGAAAGAUGAGAUAAAAGGUCUGAUCCAGGAGCAGCUCAAUUCUUUGUCAAAUGACAUGAAGUGUGUGCUCCAGGACCCAGAGCUCAGUCUGCUGCAGCGCUGCCUUUUGGUCUCACGGUUGUUCGGAGAUGAGUCUGACCUUCACUUUUGGACAGUGGCUUCACACUACCUCCAGUCAUUUGCCCAGGCUCAUCACCUCAGUGUGGAGGGUGAGAUUCAAAGUGAAUUAGCUCAGCAGUCGCCUCAGAAUCACCUGGACAUCUGCCACGACAUGCUUUGUGAGAGCUCCUAUUUCCAGAAAUUCCAGUUGGAUCGUGUUCACCUGCAGGAAGUGAAGCGCACCAGUUAUGAGCAUACUAAGAAAUGUGCUGACCAGCUCCUCCUUCUGGGUCAGACGGACCGUGCUGUCCAAUUAUUGUUGGAGACGAGCGCAGACAAUCCCAGCUACUACUGUGAUUCCCUAAAGGCCUGCCUGGUGACCACCAUCACCUCCUCCGGUCCCUCCCAGUCCACCAUCAAACUUGUAGCCACUAACAUGAUCGCCAAUGGCAAGUUAGCAGAGGGGGUGCAGCUGCUUUGUUUGAUUGACAAGGCUGCGGAUGCUUGCCGCUACCUGCAGACCUACGGGGAGUGGAACCGCGCUGCCUGGCUUGCCAAGGUGCGUCUGAACCCAGCGGAGAGUUCAGAUGUGCUGAAGCGAUGGGCGGAGCAUCUGUGCUCCCCACAGGUCAACCAGAAAUCCAAAGCCAUCCUGGUGCUGCUUUCCCUGGGCUGCUUUUACAAAGUUGGAGAGAUGCUACACAGUACAAGGCACUUUGACAGUGCCGCUCUCUUUAUCGAAGCCUGCCUGAAAUACGGGGUCAUGGAGGCCAACGAAUUUGCACAUAAACUCAUAGAGACCGCAUUUUUGGACUAUGCGCGGCUGCUGCGCUCACUUGGCCUACGAGAGGGAGCUGCUCUGUGGGCGUCGCGGGCCGGCACCGCAGGCGAGCAGCUGUUGGAGGAUCUGUUCAAGGGGGAGGGAGCAGGACAUGAGGUCGCGAUUGACAGUGACGAGGCCAAGGUGACGACUGACUCUUCAUGAUGAGUGGACCCCAACUACUGAGCAUCAACCUUGACCGGGGAACUCUGUUGUUAUCUCUUUGUCAUGAGACAAUGGUGAGAGAUGAAGAGUCCCAUUGUGUCAUUUGUCAGUUCAUUCAUCGUCUUGUGGCUAUGGCGAAUUUGGCAUUUCGUAAUGUUUUUGUUGUGAUGGUGGGACCAUCGUGUCUGUUGACAGUUGUGUUUGCAUGUUACUUCUUCAAAAGAUUUAAUCUUCCCAACAAUUGACGUAUUGCGCAUUGUUGUUGACUUGAUGUCUGUUGAAUUGAAUUUUUAAUAUGGUGGGGUAUUACGUGUGCCUGUGUUAAAUACAUUUGAGGGAUAAAAUGUAUUUUGCUGUUCUACUACUGUGAUGCAGUGAGAUGCUACAUUUUCCCCUCUUUAUUGCAUGUUAAGUUUGCACUGCCUUGAAAGGUUGCUCUCACCAUUAACCUUCUCCAUCACUGAAUUCCAAAGCAUCGCACUCUUAAUUGUUCUUUAAAGAAUAAUCAUUUGCAGUAGCAUUCCAAGCGCUGAGCACCUCAAUGCUUAAAGAGGUUUAAUAGUAAAUGACCAAAUCCCAGAUACGCACAAUCCAUUCCUGUCAGACACUUGUAUGUACAAUGCAUCCCAAAAAUAUCCAUAACGUGGCCCAAUUUUCAGUUGAAAUUAAUUUUUGCAUUUUCUAAAAAAUAUGGCCAUAUGAAUAAUUUGAACAAAAAUGAUUUUAUUGUAUUUACCAUCCAUCCAUUUGUUUAAUGUGGCUUAUCUUGACUCGUGAUAUGUUUUGUUUUGUUUCCCCAACCAAGAAAAUUCCCUUUCAACAAAUAAAAAUCCUUUUAAAGUAAAAUUGGCUCUGAAAAGAAUAAUUUGUGGUAUUAACUGUAUAUUCCCACACAAACAAUAAGAGGCAAAGUGUUUAGCUUGGUAUUUGUAUUGAGUGCUUGAGUCAUCUAUGGCUGCUUUCAGCAUUAGCUUUUCAGCAUGUGUUGGAUGGAUUGCUUUUGCGCACUUAAUCCAUGUUGCUCCUGCUGAUGCAUACUUGAAAGAAAGUUGUCACCUACUCUGCGCAAGUAGGUGACAACUUUCCCCUUUCAAGGAACCACUCUGCUCAAAACCAUUUGUACGUGAAUGCAUUGACAGCCCUUGUCUGUUUAUCCACAAUAUGAUGUGUCAACCUGUCCUGCAGUCUGGCAGAAAUGUCUUGUGUGGGACCGUCCGUGUGUUGCUGUGUUUCAUAAACCUGUCAGUGAUGUUCCCUACUGUGUAACCAGGCAGUGUCAAUCGACAUCUAAAUGUUGUUGUGUAUCUAUUUCACAAUUCCCACUUCUAUAAGUGAAUGUAAAGUCUACAUACAAUUGUUCAAAUGUCAAGUUAAUCUCACAUAACGUGAAGCCACAGCCUGAGUUAUAAAAGGGUGUAUGCACAUGCAGAACCACAUUAUCUCACUUUUUACUCCCACCUCUACAGUGUUAUUUUUGCAUUGUGGUACAGGUUAUUAGGCAAAAUGAUUUUUUAUAUCACAUGAACCUGGCAUUUGAACAGGGGUGUCUAGACUUUUUAUAUCCACUGCACAGUAUGUGGAAGAGCUAGUAUCCGGUCACAGUACCAUCAAUGUACAUCAAUUUUUUUUUUUGCGGCUCUGAAUUUUGUCAUGCAAGACACGCAUACACAUUACUUCAUGGCUUCUAGUAGCCUCAUGCUGUUGUUUGUAUAGCACAAAAUAAUGUGUCAGGUUAAGUCCUGUACAUAUGCCUCCUUUAUUGCAAUCAAUAAUCAUAGAGUAUACACAUUCUUCCCCCCCAUCAUUGUCAGUUUAUGAUCACACCGUGAUGUUUUGAAUUCUACAAGCAUAAAUAUUCAAAGAAAACAUACCCCUAUAUGAAUGGCAAUAAAAAGAGUAUUUACAUUGUU